AUGGCCUCAUCUAGGGGGGUCUUCUCCGUCGGAGGUAUCGAGGUCGCACAAACGAAGAUCUCGCCUAUCGAUGACCCUCAUGCGAACUACAACGGCCUGAAUCCAUCAUCGACCACGUUGCCUAAGGGACACAAGAAGGACCCUUCUCGUCGAGGCUUUGAAGUUGCAACGAUUUGGGACCGAGAUGUUGAGGUGCCGAUGCGAGAUGGGAUAGUCCUUCGUGCCGAUGUGUUUCGGCCAGCAGACGUCAACGAGAAGGUCCCUGCAUUGAUAGCUUGGAGCCCGUACGGCAAGUCUGGAACGGGUAAGAGCCCGUGCGGCCAUGUGGCAGCCAAACUGUUGUCGGGGGCCAAUCACUCACUUGUGUCGCAUUCCCGUGCAGGCUUUCUAGGGCUGGAUCUCGUCCCAGGUCGAGUCGGCAUCCCGAAAAGCAUGCUUUCCGGUUUUGAGUCUUUCGAGGCGCCAGAUCCUGCCGAGUGGACCGCACACGGAUACGCCGUAGUCAAUGUCGAUGCGAGGGGUAUCUUCAAAUCUGAAGGCAAUCAGAGGUGGAACGGAACUGCCGAGGGAAGGGAUGGAUAUGAUGCCGUCGAAUUCAUAGCCAGCUUACCUUGGUGUAACGGCCACGUUGCUUUGAUCGGUGUCUCUUGGUUGGCUAUGGCCCAGUGGCACAUUGCGGCAGAGAGACCCCCUCAUCUGAGCUGCAUUCUGCCAUUGGAAGGCUUGAGUGACAUGUACCGUGAAUCUCUCUGCCGUGGCGGGGUUCCAUAUCUGCCGUUCUGGCACUUCCUAAGAGAUCAUGGCCUAUAUGGCCUGCACACUGUUGGCUCGAUCCGCGGGUUUGAAGACAUACCACAUAACAAGAAAUGGCUUCGCUUACAUCCAACCCAGGAAUGGCACGACUUAUACCAGAAGGAGACCACGGAUGAUUUGAAGAAAUACCUGGAUUUCUACACGAGGGGUAUCAAAAACGAUUGGGAGAAGACCCCGAAGGUUCGAAUCUCCGUGAUCCGCUAUAAUCAGCCGCCGACCAAAAACGUCCCCUUCUCGACAUGGCCGAUCCCUCAGACCGAGUAUAAAACACUAUGGCUUUCAGGGGGGCAGUCCCUAAAAGACAUAUACAGUACCGCCGAAACGGGCGAAGUUUCGUAUCAGUCCGAUGCCCCCGCUGAACAGGUUGACAACGACCCCGAGUUCGUGGAGUUUACCUAUUCUUUCGCUGAAAAGUCCACAAUUAUCGGCCCGUCGAAGGCGGUCCUAUACAUGUCAUGUACCGACCACGAUGACAUGGACAUCUUCGUGAUCAUCCGCAAAGCCGACAAAAAUGGGAAGAUCCUGCAAAACAUCAACAUUCCGUUGAAUGAGCUAGGCGUGACAUCCGAACAAGAGGUUCAAGAUAUCAACAGCCUGAAAUAUAUUGGCCCCUCUGGUAUUUUGAGGGCGAGUCAUCGUGCCCUCGACCCAAAACUAUCCAAACCGCAUUGGCUUGCCCAUGAUCACAGGCAGGAACAGAAGAUUCCACCAGGCCACAUAGUGAAGUUGGAAAUCGGAAUAUGGCCGGCGGCGAUCCAAUUUGAGGCUGGUGAAAAGCUGGUCUUUAGGGUCGCUGGCCAUCAGAUGACGCUGGCGGAAUUUACUCCAUUACGGGGACAGUUCCAUACAGGGAACAAAGGAAAGCAUACUUUGCAUUUUGGAGGUCAAUAUGACAGUCACCUUGUGGUCUCUUUUGUUCCGAUCUGA